GGUGGGGGGAGACUGUCCAAACUGGGACGUCCCACUGCAAAUGUCUUUUUUGUGAACUGGUGAGCUUGUUAUAUCUUCCCGGGCCCCGCAGACGGCUGACUUCUCUCCUGGUGUCCCUGCUCUGCAAAGCUGAAGACUUUGAAGAUGAGGGUGUGGAUUGUCUUCCUCCUGUGCCUGGCUGGCCAUGCCAUGGCUGCUCCUGCUGAGGAGGAGCCCAUCAUGGAAGAGCUGGUUACAGAGGAGCCAGUUGUCGAGGAGCCAGUUGUUGAGGAGAUCGAGGUGGGAGCCAACCCAGUGCAGGUGGAGGUUGGAGAGUUUGACGAGGCCAUUGAGAUUAUUGAAGAUGUUGCAGCUGAGAAUCCUUGCCUGAACUACCACUGCAAAAAGGGCAAAGUGUGUGAGGUUGAUGACAGCAACACCCCCAUGUGUGUGUGCCAGGACCCCUCCACCUGCCCCGCUGCUGAGGGAGAGUUUGAGCAUAUCUGUGGCACUGACAACAAGACAUACGACUCAUCUUGCCACUUCUUUGCUACCAAGUGCGCUCUGGAGGGAACCAAGAAGGGCCACAAGCUGCACCUCGACUACAUUGGACCUUGCAAAUACAUUGAGCCCUGCCUGGAAAAUGAGCUGAGCGAGUUCCCACUGCGUAUGAGGGACUGGCUGAAGAACGUUCUGGUAACUCUGUAUGAGCGAGAUGAAGACAACAACCUGCUGACCGAGAAACAGAAGCUCAGGGUGAAGAAGAUCUACGAGAAUGAUAAGAGGCUGCAGGCCGGCGAUCACUCUCUGGACCUGCUGGCCUAUGAUUUCGAAAAGAACUACAACAUGUACAUCUUCCCUGUCCACUGGCAGUUUGGCCAGCUUGACCAGCACCCUGUUGAUGGAUACCUGACCCACUCUGAGCUCGCCCCCCUGCGCGCCCCUCUUAUUCCCAUGGAGCAUUGCACCACCCUCUUCUUUGAGCAGUGCGAUGCUGACAGCGACAAAUACAUCGCCCUGGAGGAGUGGGCCGCCUGCUUCGGCAUCAAGGAGCAGGACGUGGACAAAGACCUUAUCAUCUAAGUUCCUCUGACAAGCAACAGCAGCAUGACACACAACUCUAGUUGCUACUAACCGGACGGUGCUGAUCCAUAAGUUUAAUAAAGAAAAGAAGAAACAGUUAAGGUGCUAAAUGCAAAUUCUUUUUGUUUUUUUUAUUGUUUAAAUAAUGAUCUUUCCUACCUAUACCACUAAAAAAAAUUAUUCCAAAAGAGAAACGUGCACAGUUUGUACUAACCAUCGUGUGUUCAUGAACAUCUGAAUUCUCUUGUUUGUUGAAGAAAACACCCAUUAAGAAAACUAAAAGACCUCUGAUGUAAAUUUACGUCGUUGACAAUAUUUUAUGCUGUAUUUGCUAUGAUGUGUUCAGGGCUUUUUAAUUGGAGGUCAGUUUGACACAUUAAUCUCAAGGAGACAAAACUGUAAAGUCAAAAAAUAAAGUUUCUAAAUAAAUGGUCCCUUUGCUUGCUUUCUACAGAGCAAACUGGUCAGUUUCUGUGCUCCAUUGGUGCUGGUGGUGGGAUAUGCUUUUUUUGGCUCAUUUUGUGUAUUUAGUUUUUUUAUAUUUCUGACUACUGUUAGAAGAGUUUUUGUUUUCCAUGCAAAUUCUGUGUCCUUGAUGAGGACACGUGUGAAAACAGGAUAAUGUUUGAAUAAAGGGAGGGGAAUCUCG